AUGUCUCCCUACCCUGCAACUGCUCAAUAUCCACCUCCAUAUCUUGCGCCUUAUGUAUCUUGGGCGCAUCAAUACUGCUAUUCUUUCAUUCACUUCAACCGUGACAUGACCCGGCGGGAUUCCGGCGGAUGGCAACAUCUCACUGCCAAGAACUCAUCCCGUUCCAGUCUCCCGCUCCGCAUUCCUGGGCGACAGGGUCUGGACAACUCGAGUUUCAAUGAAGCAGGACUCCCUAGAAACAUAUAUAUCUCUCGCUUGAUCAUGGACAACAAUACCAGUCCUCUGCAACUUGAAUUACAUCCAAGAUAUGAUCCCAUUUUCGGUGGUUGA